ACAACCUCCGUCUCAACAUGUCUUCAUUGUCGACUUUAUGUAAGGUAUAUGCAAGCACAACCAAGUACUUCGCCAAACUCUAAUACUCGCAACUUCACUUCCAUCCUUCUUUCAUCUUUGCUGUCAAUUAGACUAGUAAACGGACACAGAUUCGAUCGAAACCUUUGAAAAGGCCCAGAAAAUUUCAGCAUGUCAUCCAAUGGAAAACGCAAGGCUACUGAAGACAUUUCGUCCAAUGAAAAACGCAAGGCCACCACAUCUUCAACCACCGAUCCAGCCAAUUCGACAAAGUCUAGCCUGACGCACGUUUACGUUGUACAAAGCCUGGAUGGAGAUCCAUACCGCCCACUGGAGCAGGAUGUUCGUGGUGUUUACACUGAUCUCGCAACUGCCAAUGCAGCAGCACGGAGCUUCUACAACAAGCACUCUUCUUGGGGACCACUGGCAGAAGUGGAGCGGCCCAAACCGGAGCAACCGAAGAUGCGAAACGGCAGAUAUCGCGACAUGUCAGAGGAUGAGGGCGAGGAGGACAACGAUGAACUUGGCUGCGUGAGAUUACGCCAUGAUGGGGGGCUGCGCUUCGGUAUGAGGGAUCCGGAGGGUACUCAAUACGUUGUCUGGGUUGAGAAGAGAGGACUCAAUCCCGCUAAGCCUUCGCCGACAGAGAGCGAAGAGUAUGCUGCAGCAAAUUCGAAGGCGUACGGGGCUAGGCACCAACUGCCUGAAGGUGGGUACGCGUCUGGAGGGUACGGAAGAACAGGAUACGGCAGUGACGAGUUUGGACCGCAGCACGAUAUGGAUCGUUACGGAUUUUGAUGCGUGAGCUGCAAAAUAAAAGCAUCGCAUACGAUCGUCUCUUCUUCCUUGAUCUCAUACACAGUCUUACUGUUGUUCCUUCUCAUACAUCAGCUCCGUAUUCAGCUCAAUAUUCAAAAACAAAACAAAGUCUAAAAGAUCACACCAAGGAUCGAACACACAACCAGCAAAAGGAGGAGCGCCGACGCUACUACUCCCGAUGCAUUAGCACAGGCUAUUCCCCUCAGGCCAGACAUCCUUUGGAUUCUGGUGCUCCUGAGUGGGUGAAAGGUAGCGAAUUGUUGAUGCCUAUAUAGUCACAAUGGCAAGUGAAGGGAGAUAUAGACUUUCGUCAUCUGUUUUUUUUUUUCUCUU